AUGCAUGUGAUGAACAACUGCGAUAACACAGCCAGUCCAUUAGAUACGGCGGCUUCGGCUACCGGCGACCUCCACAUAAGAGAAACUAAUAAUCAUCGUCGUCGUUCAAGCAACUCGCCGAAAGAGGAAGCUGAAGCAACCCGUCAAAGUCCUUCGUUUCAGCAUUUUGCCAUUGCGAAGUUAGAGGUUGUCGGUUCGGGCAUUCAACGGGCAAUCCCGCCAACCAGCAAAAGCAUAAUUGACAAGCCGCCCAAGUGCCAGGCCAGGAUGGUCGCUGCUGACAGUGCAUGGCGACCGAGGCUUGGAAUUUUGGAGUCGCUUGGAGAUCGUGCCAGGGCACUUUUCUUGCCGCCUGCCGAAGAGGGUAAUCGAGCUCCGAUGCGGGCAACUCAAAUCGCUGGAGCCCAAACCGCACAUCACAAUCAAGUCAAUCAACCGACGGCGGAUUAA